UUAUAUUUUUAAAACUUCCCAAAAAAAUAUAAUUUAUAUCAUAAUUUUUAAAUUUAUAAAAUAUAAUUUGAUAAUUUUGGUUAAUUUAUAAAAUUUAUCAUUUUCAAAUAUCCCAAAAAAAUUAUUUUAUAUUUUUUGAAUUUUAUAUUUUGGUUAAUUGGAAAAUGAUACAUAAUAGAAAUUAUGAAAAUAAUUUGAAUUUGAAUUUUUUAAUGAUUUUUAUGCUGACUAGGCAAUGACUUGGCAUGUUGACUAACGGUCAACGGAGUUGACCGUCCAAAUGAACGGCCAAAUUAUGUGUCGGGCCAAUUGAGUAUAUAUGCUGCAUAGUUGAGACCAUGAUGUUAAUUUCUGAAACCACGGGCCAAAGUUGAUUAUAUGGUCAUAGUUCGGGCCAAAAUAAGGUAUUAACCCCUAAAAGAAACCAUUAACACAAUUAGUGGCAAAAGACCAAUUUGUGUGGAAAUUUAGUGAUGAAAAAGGAAUAUAGUGAAUUAAAUAUUCACUUUUCGGAAUAUCUGUAAUUAAAAUUAAAUAUUCCUUAGUAUCCUUGUUAUUUUUAUUCAGCAUUUUCCGUUUUUUAAUAUGUCUCUCCUCUGCAACCAAAAAUACCGUCUCCCGUUUCCAAUGUCUACUUCCUCCAAUCUCCAUAGAAACCGAGCAAAGCAAUUCGCCGGCUAGAGAGAGAGAGGGAGAAAGAGAAAGAGAAAGAGAAAGAGAAACGAAGUGCGAAGGAGACAUCCACCGAGCAGCCGCCGCUGAUUCACGCUUCUCUAGGCAUAUCGGAGGAAAGAAUCCGGAUCGGGAUCCGUCCAUCAUACUCGGAGCUCUCUUCUCCGGCUAUCUAGAUCUGCAUCAGGUAAGCGUUUCUCAAUCUCUUCCUUGUCCUUUCCCAUUUGCUGGCGAAUCCCAGAUGCAGAUUUAGCUGCAUGUUUACCUUCGUGCUUGAGAUCUAAUCGCGGCCAGAGGAGGGUCUGCAAUGGCGGCUUCGAGAUUUCGUGCCUAUAUGCUAUUUUUUCCUUUGCGCUUUUGCUCCGUCUAGUUAUCAGAUCCUCCGUAGACCUACCCUGCCGUGUUUCUGAGAUGUUCCAUAGAUUUGCGCGUUUCGUGUUUCGUUUAUGAGCGUUGUACUUAACUCAUGGAUUUUUCUACGUUGGAAUUGAAUUCGAGUAGUUUAUCCAUUAUGCGUAGAAUUGCUGUGUUUGUUGCGAAUUCUUUGCUUUGCAUGCCUUGGGAAGAAAUGGAGUCGGUUCACGAGAAACGUUGCAAUGAUGAAUCUAGCUGUUAUUGAUUUUAGGAAUGGAUCUCUCCAACUUGAUUUUAGGAAUGGAUCUCUCCGUACUCAUCGAGAGAUCUGCUCUCAAUUCAGUGGUUUUGCAGCUGUGAUAUCGGAAGAGAUGAGGAUGCCCAACAUGCACUGGGCUUUCCUUUUUGUGGUUCUCUUAGCACAUUCCUGCAAUGGAUUCUACCUCCCUGGUAGCUACAUGCACACCUAUUCAACAGGGGACAAGAUAUUUGCCAAAGUCAAUUCAUUAACUUCGAUUGAGACGGAGCUUCCAUUCAGCUACUACAGUCUUCCUUACUGCAAGCCAGAUGAGGGAAUCAAGAAAAGUGCAGAGAAUCUUGGAGAGCUUCUCAUGGGAGAUCAGAUCGACAACUCGCCCUAUAGGUUUAGAAUGAAUGUCAAUGAAUCUGUUUACCUCUGCACUACACCUCCCUUGAGUGAGCACGAGGUAAAGCUAUUAAAGCAGAGAACUCGAGAUCUCUAUCAAGUGAAUAUGAUUCUAGAUAAUCUGCCUGUGAUGAGGUAUGCUACUCAGAAUGGAAUCAAGAUCCAGUGGACCGGCUUUCCAGUUGGGUACACACCACAGAACAGCAAUGAAGAUUACAUUAUUAAUCACCUCAAGUUCACUGUAUUGGUUCAUGAGUACGAAGGAAGAGGGGUGGAGAUAAUUGGUACUGGUGAAGAAGGGAUGGGUGUGAUUUCUGAAGGAGAUAAGAAGGCUGCUUCUGGAUAUGAGAUAGUCGGCUUCGAAGUUGUGCCGUGUAGUGUUAAGUACGAUUCUGAAACAAUGAUCAAGCUCCACAAGUAUGACAACAUCACCUCUCCAAGCUGCCCAUUGGAGCUUGAGAAGUCUCAAGUCAUAAGGCAACAAGAAAGGGUUUCAUUUACUUACGAGGUUGAGUUUGUGAAAUCUGACGUCAGAUGGCCAUCUCGUUGGGAUGCUUACUUGAAAAUGGAAGGUGCCAGAGUUCACUGGUUCUCGAUCCUAAACUCGCUCAUGGUUAUCUUCUUCUUGGCGGGUAUAGUGUUCGUAAUAUUCCUGAGAACAGUGAGGAGAGAUUUGACUAGGUACGAGGAACUGGACAAGGAAGCUCAAGCCCAGAUGAACGAAGAACUUUCUGGGUGGAAGCUUGUUGUUGGUGAUGUGUUCAGAGAGCCGGAGCACUCAAAGCUUCUCUGUGUGAUGAUUGGAGAUGGAGUCCAGAUUACUGGGAUGGCAGCUGUCACUAUAGUUUUCGCUGCAUUCGGUUUCAUGUCGCCUGCUUCUCGAGGAAUGCUAUUGACUGGGAUGAUAAUCUUGUACCUCUUCCUUGGUAUUAUUGCAGGUUAUGUGGCAGUUCGGUUAUGGAGAACUGUGAAGGGGACCACUGAGGGAUGGAGAUCUGUUUCCUGGUCAGUUGCCUGCUUCUUCCCUGGAAUAGUCUUCGUAAUCCUCACAGUACUCAACUUUAUUCUAUGGGGAAGCAAGAGUACUGGCGCAAUCCCGAUAUCCUUGUACUUCAUCCUUAUCGCCCUCUGGUUCUGUAUCUCAGUUCCACUAACUCUCCUGGGUGGAUUCUUUGGCACAAAAGCGGAGCCAAUUUCGUACCCUGUGAGAACCAACCAGAUUCCAAGGGAAAUUCCAGAAAGAAAGUACCCUUCGUGGCUACUUGUCCUCGGUGCUGGAACUUUACCAUUUGGUACUCUCUUCAUCGAGCUCUUCUUCAUCCUCUCCAGCAUAUGGCUCGGCCGAUUCUACUACGUCUUUGGUUUCCUGCUGAUAGUUCUCAUUCUCCUCAUCGUGGUAUGCGCUGAGGUUUCGGUUGUCCUCACCUACAUGCACCUAUGCGUCGAGGACUGGAGAUGGUGGUGGAAGGCGUUCUUCGCCUCAGGAUCUGUAGCCCUCUACGUUUUCCUUUACUCCAUCAAUUACUUGGUCUUUGAUCUGCAGAGUCUCAGUGGGCCUGUUUCGGCCGUACUCUACCUUGGAUACUCGUUGAUCAUGGCUGUCGCGAUUAUGCUGUCCACUGGCACCAUUGGGUUCGGGAUGUCGUUCUACUUCGUGCAUUACCUCUUCUCUUCCGUGAAGAUCGAUUAGACAACAACAGAAGGUACAUCUUAACUGGAAGAAGAAGAAGAAGAAAAUUUCAGAUUUACCUUUUGAAGGAGGGAAGGAAAGUUAUACCGUUUUGCACGUUUUACUGAUAAUCUGUAUGGUCGCUUCGAACCAUUGUCUCUAGUUACUUGCUGUAAUACAGGGGAAGGAGAUUUAUGUUCGGAUUCGUGAAGCCCUGUUUCUGCAAUUUUCGUUUUUUCUUUUCCUUUUUGGUUAUGUCUUUGAGAUUAGAAGAUGUGUUAUGAUAGUUUUCUGAGCUUCAUUUUGAAUGUACUUGAUGAUUCUUGCUAUAUUUUUCCAACUGCUGUAGAACUAUUGUAGUUGGGUGGACUUUUUGUUGUAUUGAUUUUUCUUUAUUUCUAUUUUCUCAUGGAAAAGAAAAAAGUUAUACUUGCCUAUUCAUUUUAAAACUGAAUUGCAUCUUGUGCUUUCACUCAUGAGAAUCAAAUUUCAUCUAAUCGAAUUGACCUUAAGGAACCCGCAUCAAAGUUUAUUCAAAUUUUAUCUCAAUUUCAUCAACUCGCGACUAUUGGUUUGAUUUGCAUCAAAUCGAAUGGUUGAGACCUUUCUGUCGUUGGUUUGUUAAUGUCUAUUUGCUAUGUCCUUCUUUUACCAUUCCUAAUCAGAGGGUUACUUUAAUCUUUUUAUUUUGAUUCGGAUUAAAAUUACAGCCUAUUUCCGAUUAUGAUUUUUGUUAAUGUCUCUUUGCUAUGCCCUUCUUUUACCAUUCCUAAUCAGAGGGUUACUUUAAUCUUUUUAUUUUGAUUCAGGUUAAAAUUACAGCCUAUUUCCGAUUAUGAUUCUAUAUAUUCUCGACUAUUUUGUUUUAUAUCGAUCCAGUCUUGAUUCUUGUACAUGCCCAAUUCAAUCUUACACAUAUUCAUAGUCCUGAUUCUGGAAAUUACAAGUUAGGCAACACUAACCCACUUUGCUGGCUUGGGAUACGGUCAGUAACCAUUAGUAAUUACUGGUUACUAACGUAUUAGUAACUAAAUCUGGAUCUUUAGAUCUAAAUGAGCCCUGAAAAUUUAGAUCUAAGUGUUGUGAAUUAAAAACAUUUUAUUUUUGCUAGUUUUUUCAAUUGACUCUUAUCUUCCUCGUUCUAACUCGGAUUUCAAAUUUUUUUUUUGCACAAAUGGAACGAGUUCUUCUCAAUCUACAAAAUGAGAUCAAUUUUCAAUAUAUUUCGAGAAAUUUUUUUUUCAUACUUCUCAAUCUACAAAAUGAGUUCUUCUCAAUUUUUUUAAUAUAUCAUCGUCGCAAAAAUUAUUACAUACGGUUAUACUGUUGUUGUAGAGCCUUGGUCCGUCGACAGGCAACUGGGCAAGUAUGCCCUCCUUCCCCUCUCUUAUUUCUAAGUAGUAGGUCGACGUCCUAAUUAUCACUGGACCAGUUUAAGUAGCCCCCUAGUAGCAAUAAUGCACAUGGGCAAGACCAUUCUUAAUUACUACAUGCAAAUUGAUGCGAUCAUUACAAUCGUCAAUAGCCAUCCAAAUUUUUGUCGGUUGCCCUAGUCGCUGCACAAAUUGAUGCAAUGAUCGAUAGCUAUUAGGGACGAGGGGGAAAAAAUUAUAAAUUGGGUAUUGUUCCAUCCCAAUUUAUUAUAUGUCAAAUCAUAUUGGUGUAAAUUGGGUAACAUUCCAUCCCAAUUUAUUAGAUGUCAAAUCAUAUUGGUGUAAUAUCAUCGUCGCAAAAGUUAUUACAUACGGUUAUACUGUUGCUAAAAGCAAAAAAAAAAAAAAAAACAUUGGUAAAAUAUUUUAUAUUUUGUCCUUGUCUAUGCCGUUCCUCCUCGUUGCAUUUAUCUAAAUUUGGACAUCGUUGAAAUAAAGCUCCAUUUGGUAGAAUACUGCUUGGGAAGACUCGAUCUUAAAGAUACCAACAGGGAAUGUCGAAAUGGAGGAUCCAAUCCAAAUGCUGAAAUCCAAAGAAUUUUUGGUAUUCAGAAGAUAGAAUCUUUCACACGGGUAAGGAUGAGGAGUUUGUUAAAAAUCAAAGUUCAAUUCCCGCUUUUUUCAUAUACGAACAUAUCAUGAAGGGUAAUUACUACUCCCUUGAAUAUAUUUAUCAACUUGCAUUUUGAUUAGAUGUAUUCAGGGCCGGACUCAGGGUGACCUUUGGGAUACGCUUGAAUUCUAACUUAAAAGAUAAAAUUAUCAAAAUAAUUUUCAACUAAGAAAAAGUAUAUACAAUGGCAUGAUGAGUAUUGAACUCAAAAUAAUAAUUACAAUCCACCAUAUUAUCCAACCAGUUAGAUGAUGAUGUAUAUGAAUUUGAGUUGAAUAAUGACAAGUUCAUAGCAUGUUCAUCACCUAUAACAAUAUGAAUUCUAAAUUUAACCUAACUCAUUCCAAUUAGCUCGAUUUCUAGUUUUUUUUUAUAGGGAUGACAUGUGUUUGUUUUUAGUUAGGUCAUAUUUACGAGAUCCGGAUCGACGACCUCUAAUUUGAAAAUCAGUGAUAUUACCACUUGAUCAAACUUUUUUUCGCAAGCUCAACUCCCGAUUUGAAGAGGUCCCUUUUGUCUUAUAGUAUAUGCAAAUAGCCCAUCACCCAUCUCUCAAUUCCUCAAGAUCUGACUUUCUAUAUUAUCAUUCAUGGCACUUCUUCCUAAUUAGUAUAUUUCUUCCUAAUAAGUGUGGAAUGUAAUAAAUAUUCGUGUGAGUUUGAUUUCUUUCAAAAUAGCAUUGUAUUAUUAUUAUUAAUGUCAUAUACAACAAAUACACGUUAUUAUAUCAUAUGAAAGAUGACUAACGAUUCGAUGUUUUCGGAUUAUAUCACAAAAUCAACCUCUAUAGUGUGUUUAAUAAUUUUGUGGAUGCCUUCUUCACUAUGUUACUUGCUUUUAAGGACACUAUGUCUAGGUUUUCGAUCGGCAAGGAUGAGUUAAAUGUGCUAGUGUACCUUCAUGCGAUCAUCUACGAGACUUUACUGUUCUAACCACACUGUCCAUUUGAGCACAAAUGCGCCAGUGAAGAUGAUGUGCUCCCUACUGGUCAUAGAGUAGUUAAGAAGGGCAUGAGGUUGUUGUUCUCCAUAUACUCCAUGGGGAGGAUAGAAGAUAUAUGGGAAAGAAUGCAUGGAAUUUAAACCUCAGAGAUGGAUUUCAGAAGAAGGGAACAUAAACCAUGUUCUGUCGCAGAAGUUUAUGGCUUUUUUGACAGGACCAAAGAUUUCUUUUAGAGGAAGGGGAUGUCUUUCAUGCAUCUCAAGUUCAUUGUUAGUGCUAGUCUGUGGAACUAUAAGUUGAUAUGGUAGAGGGUCAUAUCGUGAAGCCAACACCUUCUAUUCUAUUGUCUAUGAAAGAUAGCUUGAAGAUAAGAGUUUCCAAGAGAGAUGUUCAGUUUCUUCCUACAAUAUUUGUGAUCUUUGGUAAUAAUAAAAAAAGUAAUGUCUAUUUUUUAUGCAAACCUUUUUCAAAUUUUUUUAUAUUAUCCAAAUUUAUUAAAAUGCUAUUAAUAAGCCAAAUCUUUCGUAAUACAUAAAAAAGUAGCCAUUUUUACGUUAUCGUUAAUAAUUUUGUAAAUAUUUUCUUAAUUAAAAUACUAAAAUUUUGGAAUGUAGACAUUCAUUUGUCUCUUCCAGGUUAGUAUCAUUUUUCAAAGUCAAUAUUAAUUACUAACAAAAUUGCUAACCGGAAGUUAACAUUGUGCUAAUUCUUAGUAUUUUGAUAGGUUUGGAUAAUAUAAAAGAAAUUGACAAAGGUUUUGAUAAAAAUAGACAUUAUCCUAAUAAAAAACCUAAAUGGGUACUUAUAGGGUUUGAGCUAUAUGAUUAUUAUUUGGGUCAUUUCUAAUAAAUAAAUAAAAUGUAAGCCUCCAUUUCUUUCUCUCACUCUAUCCUCUUACCUUACGUUCCUAGACACAUAAUAAUUUAAUGUUUCAUAGAUGAUACAUUGAGAGUGACAUUUUUAAUAUUUUAGAUAUUUUUUAUAAUAUAAUCAUCGUUAAACAUUAACAAAGAAUAUAUAUAUAUAUAUAUAUAUAUAUAUAUAUAUAUAUAUAUAUAUUUGUUUAAAUCGGAUAUACUAAAGCUAAAAAAUUUACUACUGUAUAUACCCAUAUCCCUGGCCCAGUUUCAGCAGCCCCUUAUAGCAAUAAUGCAUGGGGGUGACCAUUUUUGGCUUUUGGAAGGUCGACUUUAAUUGCCACAUACAAAUUGAUAUAUCACCAUCCAAAAUUUCGUUGGUUGCCCAGCAGGGUUGUCACGCCGGCCGGCGUGCUACCGGUUGUACCUGGUUCAACCCGUACCGGUCAUAAAAUCGGCGUGACACCACCGGUAUGACCGGCAUGAUCGAUAUACGAUUCUCUAAGUAAAAUAACCUUAUUUUAGUGACUUUAAUUGUUAAAAAUUAUUUUAUUAUUUAUUUUAUGAGUAUAAAUGUUAAAUAUUGAUGUUAUUUGUUGGAUUCAAGUAUAAAUAUUUAGGUAUUGACGUUAAAUGUCAUGUUUAAAAUGAGUAUUUAUAAUUUUAUUUGUAAUAUUGACCGGCAUGAACCGGCACAAACCGGUAUGUGCCACCGGUCGAACCAUUCCACUUGCUAAACCGACACACUGGCAUAAACCGGUUUGACAACCUUGUUGCCCAGCCUUAGUGGCAGGAUUGAUCGAUCGCGUCAUUAACAAAAAUAAUGCAAUCCUAUCUUUCAAGAACGUUUUAAUUAAUGGUCAUAUAUUUUGUUACAUAAGUUAUAUUUAGUUGCAUAAGUUUGUUCUCAAUAAUGCGACAUGAAUUUUGAAGGGUGGAGGAGGCUUGGCCUUAUCCAUGCAUGUACAAUAAUGUGUGAUUUAGGGAGCAAUAUUGGUUUGGUGGGUACGAUUUAUUUAUAUUUAUCAUUUAUGAGAUUAAAGGUUGACGAAACGU